AUGUCUUCGGAUAGCGUCAAUGUAUAUAUUGACAAAGACAAGCAAGGCGUACUCCACAGCCUUGAUCACCUUCAAGAGCCAUAUGUCCCUCAAGACGCAUCAGCCCAAGCAGACGCAGUGAGCGUUAGUCAGCAGUACAUAAAAGACCAGGCCGCCACCUACGACUUUCCCGAAAGUUAUCUCCGAGAGCUCGGCACAGAAGCAUCAGCUCAACAAGGCUUGACAAAUGAUAAGACUCCGGCACUUCGGUUGGCGGAAGGUCCAAAACGUCGUCUCAGAAGCACAGUUGUGUCUUACCAGCAAACCAUUCUCGGCUUUCCCGUCUGGGAGACGGGCUUCAGCGUCAUGCUGGAUGAGGAUCCGCCGGACCAUCUCCGUGUCGUUGGUUCUAUCAGCACAGCCCAACCGAACAUCGAAGCCGAAUUAAUCAAGGAGCCAGGAUUAGAGGCCGAAUUUCUGAACGAAAUUAGCGAGCAGCGCCUUGUCGAAGUCCUAGGGCUCGACGCGACGGACCAGGAAAUUCGCAUCAACACGCAACGUCUACUUGUGUACAAGUUUGAUCCCGAAACUCGGCAAGAGAUAGAAGAUGAUGAGUCCCGAUGGUCUGGAAUGGAUGUCUCUGUUCCAACGCUAGAGCUGCCGCCGGUGGAAGACAGUAUUCUGGCCAGGGACCAGCCCAAGAUCUACUACGUCUGCAGGGAGGUGCUCUUCACCUGGCGAUUACCCGAGACUGAGUUUGGAGACAUCAAUUGGAGAGCCUUCAUUGAGGUUGACACCGGAAGCGUCCUCUAUCUGCGUGCCCUAAUGGCAUCUAUACACGGGUCUGUAUACACUGCAGAUCCUUUUACGCGCCUUGGUGCCACUGCUCCCUCAGCUUCUGCGCCAGUAACUGAGCUUGAUAAAGUUCGCGAAUGGAAGGAACUUCCCGCGAUAACGCGCGCCAGUCCCCAGGAGCUGGCAGGCCGUUAUGUCCGGAUCAAGGAUUUCGAUCCACCAGCUGUUCCUGCUCCGACCAGCCCGACGGGAAACUUCAGCUUCAGCGUUUCAUCAGAUGAAUUUGCUGCAGUGAACGCCUAUUAUCAGAUGGCAAGCCUGUUCAAUCUGGUGGAACGCUUGGGCUUCAAUGUGAGGGAGCUUUUCAAUAGCACAGCCCCAGACUCGCAGUUCCCUUUACCGGUCGAUCAUCGCGGAUUCAAUAACGCAGUCAAUGCUAAAGCUCCUGGAAAUUCAAGAGGGGACGGUUCUGGAGGAUUCAUCUUCGGUAUCGCAGCACCUGGCACUACUAUCGGCAUGGGUUGCGAUUUCCGCGUUGCCGCACACGAAUUCUGCCAUGCUCUCUUGUGGGAUGCUGUGCAUAAACCCGGCUUUGGUUUCGCGCACAGCGCUGGCGAUGCGCUUGGCAGCAUUUUCUGCGAUCCCACCAGUCGACACACUGAUCGGUUCGAUACUUUCCCUUGGAGCGUCAUACGUCGCCGUCACGAUCGUGCCAUUGCAGACGGCUGGGCAUGGGGUGGCGUCCAGGACAGAGGAGGAUAUCUCAGCGAGGAAAUCCUGAACACUAGCCUUUUCCGUGCCUACCGGUGCAUUGGCGGGGACGACGCGGAUAUCAAAAAGAAGAGAUGGGCUUCAAGAUACAUGUUGUACCUCAUCAUCGCGGGCAUCGCAUCCCUGGCAUCAGGCUCCAUAACCCCAACUCCAAAACCAGUUCCGUACGUCACUGCGAUGAUGCUUGCAGACGGAGGCACAAUCAUGGGAUACCCCGGAGGCGCCGUCAGGAAAGUCAUUCGCUGGAGCUUCGAAGAACAGGGCCUCUAUCAGCCAGAGGGUGUCCCGGGUUCCGGGACGGCGGUCACCACCAGGGGCGCACCUCCUCCGGUUGAUGUAUACAUCGAUGACGGUCGUAGUGGAGGUUACAAUUACAUCACGAACUGGGAUCAAUCGACGGGCAUCUGGAAUCGGCGGGCUGCUGACUCGGGGACAGUCCACCAACACCCGCUCAGGGAUGUCCCAAACUACUGCUACGUGCGUAUCAGGAACAGAGGAACGCAAACAGCCCAGAAUGUUGUCGUAAGCGCGUAUCACUUGGCGGAUAACGCCGACGACACCUGGCCGGCAGGCUUCGAGUCUACGACUACCGCUCCAAUCUCCGCGCCCGCUAUUCUUGCUGGCGGCACCAGAAUUGUUGGACCGUUCGAGUGGGUUCCUCUGCACAACGUAACGCCGGAUAGCCUGCUUGUCGCUGUCAGUGCUCUUGGAGACCGCUCGAACAUCGAUCCUCUCAGCGGUUUAGCUUGUGCACGUGGUCCGACAGACAUUGACAAGCUCGUUCCCUUUGACAACAACAUCGGUCUGCGGGCUGUGACGACUGUGGCGCCCGCUUAG